AUGAUCAUCCACGUCGCCAUCCUCGACACAGACAUCCCCGUGCGCCCCGUCUUCUGGGCGCGGGGCUUGUACAGUUCUCAGUUCCGCACGCUACUACAAUCUGCCGCGGGGCGGAUGAACAGCCAGCAAAAGAACCAAACGGAAAAUAUUGAAAUACAUACCUCGGCGUAUGACAUCGUCGGAGGUUCGUAUCCUGCUCUGGAUACACUGCGCUGCAGUCCGAGGCAAAAAGGAGGUCGUCAGACGCGAGUGAAGAACUUGAAUUCCCUGCCUAUUGACGCGAUCAUCGUCACGGGCUCGCUCGCUUCGAGUUAUCAGUUUGAUGAGUACCCAUGGAUUAUUCAACUGCAGCAGUUUAUCCAGACGGUGUGGAAGAGGUAUCCGGCCGUGAAGAUGUUUGGGUCUUGUUUUGGGCAUCAGUUGAUUGCGCAGGCGCUGCUUUCUCAACUAUCCUCGGAAAAGGAGCAGCUGUUGUUGAUCGAUGAGAAAACCGCUACUCCUCCUCCUGCAGCAGCGCACGUCGAGGAAUGUCCGCUGGGUUUCGAAAUCGGCAUCCAUCCCAUAACCCUAAACCCGGCAUUCGUCAGCAGCGCAAGCCCAGCUCUCUCUACGCUGUGCAACAGGGAGAUGCGAAUUCAGCUGUUCCAUGGAGAUCGUGUUAUUUCUUCCUCACAGCAGGAUAAAGCAGCUCUGCCUUCUCCAUGGAUGAGUAUCGGAAGUACAGAGAUCUCACCCAUUCAAGGACUGUUCCACCCUGGCCGGGUGCUCACAUACCAGGGCCAUUUUGAGUUUGAUUCCUGGGCAAACAGGGAGCUUGUGGUAGUUAGUACGAGUCGGUGGGGGUGGACGGAGGAGAUGAGCAAGAAAUAUAUAGAGCAGGUUGGACAAGUGGGACAGGACGAUGAUGAUUCGAAGCUGGCGGCUGAAGUGGUGGUGUGGUUUUUUGCAGAGGAAGACAAUUCGCCAAAGAGUGUAGGGGCUAUCAAGAGAUUUACUGGAAAAUUUAUGAAAAUGCUGUGUCUAGGUUGA